CAUCGUGCGCAUGCUCAGCCUGUUAAUUAGACGCCGGUUUUGAGUGUGUGAGCAGUCGAGGAGAUGCUGCUGGUCUGAACGGAGGUUUACGGCUGAAAGGGAGACAACAUAAGUAAAACUAGAGAAAAAACAGCAGAUAAAGUGUUUUUGUUGGGUUGUUAGAGACCCCUGAGGUUGACUGGAACAGACUGGGACCAUGGUCCAGCACCGGGAACAUCCUGGAGUCCCUGGAAUCACCAAGGAGUCCCGUGAGGCGACGGAUACGGAGGAGAGUGAACUGCUGGCGGCUUCGGCCUGCAGCGCCGUGCCGCUGAAACCGGACUGGUGUAAAACGGCGUCGGGUCACAUAAAGCGGCCCAUGAACGCCUUCAUGGUCUGGUCCAAGAUUGAAAGGAGAAAGAUCAUGGAACAGAGUCCAGACAUGCACAACGCGGAGAUCUCCAAGCGGCUCGGGAAGCGCUGGAAGAUGUUGAAGGACACCGAAAAGAUCCCGUUCAUCCGGGAGGCGGAGCGGCUCCGGCUCAAGCACAUGGCCGACUAUCCAGACUACAAGUACCGGCCCAAGAAGAAGCCCAAGACCGAGGGCUGCGCGUUUCCAGCGGGGAAGUCAUCCGCUCAGUCCUCGGAGAAAAGCAGCGUGAGGUCGGUUAGUAAAAACCCCGGAGCCGCCAAGAAACUCUCCAAACUGAAGGCCGAGAAGGCUGUGGCUGUGGUCGGCCGUGCGGGCGGCCACCUGCCGCAGCACCAGGAUCACCGGUACCGGUACAUGGUGAGCACCAGCUUUAAAAGCGUUAAACGGGAGUUUACUGAUGAUGAGGAGGAGGAUGAAGAUGAUGAUGAUGACUCUGAGGAAGAGUCCAAAGCGGAUGAGGAGGAGGAGGAGGAGGAGGAGGAGGAACCAUCCCGGUUCAGCCUCUCCAAAGUCCCAUCCGAGCCGCAGUUUGAGUCCUCCGGGAGGCUCUUCUACAGCUUCAAGAACAUCACCCGACAGGGCGGCGGUACCGCCUCCUACCCGGCCUCCCUUUCACCUGCAUCCUCCUCCCGGUCCGGAUCCACAUCCUCCUGCUGCGGGGAGGACCUGGACGACCUGGCUCUGGGCUUCCUGGGAGACCCGUGGACCUCAUCCUGCAGCGCGUCCGCCGGGAACCUGAGUCUGUCCCUGGUGGACAAAGAUCUGGACUCCUGCAGCAGCGAGGGCAGCCUCGGGUCCCACUUCGAGUUCCCGGAUUAUUGCACACCAGAGCUCAGCGAGAUGAUUGCCGGGGACUGGCUGGAGGCCAACUUCUCGGACCUCGUCUUUACUUACUGACCCAACAGUAGGUUAUCAGUCUGCUCCGGAGCCGAACAUCCACAGCCAGUUCGGGAGCAUGCUAAGGGGGUGUUGGUUGCUGACGCCCCGGGUGUGUGUGUGAGUGGUGGACGGCUCUCUACCAGGACUCGGUUCUCAUCUCUCCAACAGGGUUUUUAUCAAUUUAGUUUUGUCUCUCAGGUCCGACCCAGGAUCCGGACUAUGCAGUCUCACAUAGACCCACAAAGAACUGUAAUACCAGAACUGUACCAACUGUAGGGGGUCCUGCACCAGGACGGGUGGGACUGUUCCAGCUGCAGGACUUCAGGUGUUUUAUGUGACUUUUUCCAAUGUCAUAUUUUUGCAGCUCCUUGAAAAGUACCCAAACUGAGCACAGGUGUGGCAGGAAAUCUUUUUGAUAGUCGCAUAACCAAACAUACCUCAUCUUUUUAAAGAUAUUCAGAAUAAGAAACUAUUUUCAGGCAUAUUUUUGUACAUUCAAAGGGAAUGUCAGGCACUUGUUUCACUCCUGGUUUUUUUUCCUGAAAACUGUUGGUUCCGGUUCUGUUGUUCAGCCCGCCUUGCAGUUGUUUUAAAGAGCGUCCAGACAGAUGGAGGGUCACUGGGAGUACUGGUCAGAGUGUAGAUGUCGUGUAUAAAUAGAUAAAGUUUAGGAAGUUUGUGUGAAGAUGGCAGGAGGAAAAACUGUAUUUCUGUUGCUUAUUUUAAUUAUUUUUGUAUCACUUCAUCAGCAGCACACGUCUGGUUUGUUGCUCAUUAUUUUUGUGCAAUAUGAAAGAAAUGAACUUAAAGGGCCAUCCUGAGUGUUUUUGUAGCAGAGAGAAACUGUGUGAACUUGUCCUUUUAUCAUAAAGUCUGUGUCACACUGAAUAAAUCAGCUGGAACUGAA